AUGAAGGAUAUCUACAAGCAAGACGAACUCGUCAUCCCUGAGGGUGUCAAGGUUUCCAUCAAGUCCCGUCAAGUUACCGUUGAAGGUCCUCGUGGUGUUCUCACCAAGAACCUUCGUCACUUGAACAUUGAAAUCACCGUUGUUGGUCAAAAGGUUCGUUUCGUUGUUCACCACGGUCUCCGUAAGCACGUUGCCUGUAUUCGUACUGUUCGCUCCUUGGUCAACAACAUGAUCAUUGGUGUUACUAAGGGUUACCAAUACAAGAUGCGUUAUGUUUAUGCUCACUUUCCCAUCAACGUUAUCAUUAGUGAUGCCGGUGAUGCUGUCGAGAUCCGUAACUUCUUGGGUCAAAAGGUUGUCUUCAACGUCAAGAUGCGUGAAGGUGUCAAGGUUGAAUCCUCUAAGAGCCAAAAGGAUGAACUUAUCUUGACCGGUAACUCUCUUGAAAAUGUUUCCCAAUCCGCUGCUGAUAUUCAACAAUCUUGUCUUGUCAAGAACAAGGAUAUUCGUAAGUUCUUGGAUGGUAUCUACGUUUCUGAACGUGGUGUCCUUGAAGAAUCUGCUUAA